AUGUCGGCCCAAGCACUCUCGGACGACCAGGUCGCCCAGGAGCUUAAGAAGAUGACCGCUUUCAUCAAGCAAGAAGCCAUGGAGAAAGCUCGAGAAGUCCAGCUCAAGGCUGAUGAGGAAUUCGCUAUCGAGAAAUCGAAACUGGUCAGACAGGAAACCCAGAACAUUGACACACAGUACGAGAAGAAGUUCAAGCAGGCUGCCAUGUCUCAACAGAUCACUCGCUCUACCGCUGCCAACAAAACCCGUCUGAAGGUACUGCAAGCCCGUCAGGAACUCCUAGAUAAGCUCUUUGAGGACGCCAGGAAAAAGAUCGGCGAAAAGAGUAAGGACGAGGACUACGGGGACAUUCUGAAAGAUCUUAUCCUAGAAGGCAUGUACAUGCUGUACGAGCCCAAGGUCGGCCUCAAGUGCAGGAAAGCCGACGUCGACAAGGUCAAAACAGCCGCCGAGUCUGCUGCCAAAGAGUAUGAGCAAAACACUGGCGACAAGACCGAGGGCGUGAUAGACGAGAAGGACUACCUACCAGAAGAUUCGACUGGAGGUGUCUUCAUCACAGGCAGCGGCGGUAAGAUCGAGCUCGACAACACCUUUGAACAACGGCUGAAGAUGUGCGAAAUCGAGGCUCUCCCUACUGUCAGAAAUACCCUGUUUGGCGCCAACGAGAACAGACAUUUUACCACUUAA